AUGGAUAAUGGAAAGAUGGUAGAAACUUAAUAUAAGGAAGGAUUUCUUUUUGGUUUUAAGAUGGGAUAAUAUAUUUAUUAGAAGCCAUCUCAAUAAAAUUGCUUCAGAUUCUAUAUUAAUAUAAUAAAGUGUAAAAUGUUUAAUUAGUGAAGAUGGCUAUUUAGAAUCACCCAAUUAAGAAAUUCGUAAAAUAUGCCCAAUAGAUUUGCAAGAUAGUGUUAUAAAGAAUACAAGUUAGAGCCUUGGAAAUCGUUAAUUCAAGGUUAUAUAUUAGAUACCAGUUUUUAACUACUCUCUAAUCCAUAAAGUAAAGUAAAAAAAUUAGAAUUUAUACAUUUUGGGAUUUAAUUUGAGAUAAAUGUCUCAGAUUUUAAUUUUUAUAUACAGUGACGAUAAAAUUUGCAAAGUAAGUUACAUUUUCUGGAAUAAAUUUUGUUAUGAUUAUUUAGACCUAAACUUUUUAUAAAUAGUAACAUUUUUUCAACUCAUGGAUUAUGAUAAAAUUAAUAUUAUUAAAUAAAAAUUAUUUUUAUUUUUGCAGCAAUCUAAAAAAAUAUAUUAUUUAUAUAUGGGUUAAACAAAAGAUUUUAAUUUAAUUUUGAAUAUCAUCUAAAACAUUUAUUUAAACCCUCCUCAUUACUAUUAUGCCAUAAAAAAUAAAACUACAGAACAACAAAUAUCUAUUAUAUUUUUUCUAAAGAAUUUAAAAAUAUUUUUAUUAAAGGGAUUCGCUUGGCUUAGCUCUAUUUUUAAAUUUUUUAAAAGGUUAUAGUAUCAAAAAUAACCUUUAAGCCCAUUCAACUAUUUAACAAUCAAAUUCGGUCUAUAAUAAAAAUAAUUAAUUUAAUAUUUAUUUCUAUUAAAAAUGUUUUAAUACUUUAUAAUUGGAUUUUUGUAUUGUCUGACUUGUCAAGAGGUUUUUGUGUAUGAAUUUGAUUCAAAUAAUGGAUAGAUAGAAGGUAAUAAUCAUAAGUUAAUAAAUUUAGAUUGGGUGUUUUCGAAUUAAUAUAGUUGGACUUAAUUUAGUUCUUGUAUGGAUUUUUAGCUGUUAGGAGGAUUUAAUAUAUUAUAACGUGAUUAUAUUAGUAGAAUAUUUUUAAAUUUGGAAUCCCAUUAUCGAAUAAAAAUCCAAAUUGAAUUUUUAAUGUAUAUUAUUUCAUUUCCUUUAAGUGUCGAUAGGAUAGACUACUCGCCAUUUAAUAUUUAUUUAGACAGCUCAGAAAUAAAUAAUUUCAAUUUCCAAACUUCAUUGGUGAGUUAAUGUGGAGAUCCUUCUUCUGAUGACCUGGUCUAAGUUAUGACCUUUGAUAUUCUCCAUAAAAGAAAAACAGCAUGGAUUUAAAUUCAAUAAAAUAACGUAUAAGAACUUCUUAAAAUAGUAUUUACAUUGGGGUAUGAGGUAUUUUAAACUAACUCUAGUCAAAUGUGAAUAUUAGUGUGUUAUAUGCACUGAAGUCUGUUUAAAAUGGAAACCUCAUCAGUACAUAUUAACAGAAAAAACAUUUUCUACCACAAAUUAAUUAAUGCCUAUAAAUGAAUUCAAUCUAUAGGUUAAACGAGAAUGCGGACUUUGCUCAAGAGUAUAUUCUACAUAAAUUGGCUUUAAAUCUUAAUUACCCCCACAUUAAGAUGUAUUGGUGAUUUUUCAUAAUUAUGAUAUUACAAUUUUAAAAGUAAAUUAUAAAAAUAGCAUAAAAACUAUCAGUCUAUAGAACGGUAUAGUAGAAUUACUAUUUUAAAAUCAUUUUGUUGAAGAAUUUUAAUUUAUUGUAUUUUAUCAAAAUUAUAAUUGUUGCCCAAACAUAAGAGAUUUGGAAAUAUAUUACUCAGUAAUAGAAGAAAUAUAAUCUUAAAUCCCAGAAUGCAUUUAAUAAUUUAAUUCGUAAUGUAUAAAUUGUUAAGAGGGUUGGAUUAUCAAUCCGAUUAUAAAAAAAUGUAUUCCGUUUUGUGGAGAUAACAAAAUUUAAGGAAAUGAAGAAUGCGAUGACGGUAAUUUGUAUCAGUUUGAUGGAUGUUUUUAAUGUCAAAUUGAAUGCGUAAGAAAUUGUGAAAUUUGUAAAUAUGGAAUUUGUUAGGGAUGCAAACUCGGGUUUGAAUUUAAUAUAGAUUUUAAAUGUAUUCCGAAAAGUCAAGAAAUGAUAAUAUAUUAACCUUAAUGCACCGAAUAAAUUGAAAAGACAUGCAUAUCUUGUUAAAAGGGUUGGAUUAUCAAUACGAUUAUAAAUAAAUGCUUUCCAUAUUGCGGAGACAACUACAUUUAAGGAAAUGAAGAAUGCGAAGACGGUAAUUUGAAUCAGUUUGAUGGAUGUUUUUAAUGUCAAAUUGAAUGCGUAAGAAAUUGUGAAAUUUGUAAAUAUGGAAUUUGUUAGGGAUGCAAACUCGGAUUUGAAUUUAAUAUAGAUUUUAAAUGUAUUCCGAAAAUUCAAGAUAUGGAAAUUUAUUAACCAUAAUGCAUAUAACAGAUAGAUAACAAAUGUAUUUCUUGUUUAAAGGGUUGGAUUAUAAAUACGAUUAUAAAUAAAUGCUUUCCGUUUUGCGGAGACAACUACAUUUACGGAAAUGAAGAAUGCGAUGACGGUAAUUUGUAUCAGUUUGAUGGAUGCUUUUAAUGUCAAAUUGAAUGCGUAAGAAAUUGUGAAAUUUGUUAAAAUGGAAUUUGCAAAGAAUGUUAAUUUGGAUAUACGUUUAAUGAAAAUUUGAAUUGUUUUCCAUAAAACCCAGAAAUGGAAAUAUAUUAACCGUAAUGUAUCUAACAAAUUAAUAACAAAUGCAUAACUUGUUAGGAUGGUUGGAUUAUCAAUUCGAUUAUAAAUAAAUGCUUUCCAUCUUGCGGAGACAACUAUAUUAACGGAAAUGAAUAAUGCGAUGACGGUAAUUUUAAUGAGUAUGAUGGAUGUUUUUAAUGUCAAAUUGAAUGUGUAAGAAAUUGUGAAAUUUGUUAAAAUGGAAUAUGUUUAGAGUGUAAAUUAGGAUUUGAAUUUGAUGAUAGUUUGAAUUGUUUUGCAGAGAAUAAAAAUACGUAAAUAUAUUAACCAUAAUGUACUUAAGAGAUUGAUAAGAAAUGUAUAACCUGCUAAAAGGGUUGGGUUGUUAAUCCAAUUUUAGAAAAAUGCUCAUCAUUAUGUGGAGAUAAAUAAAUAUAAGGAGAUGAAGAAUGCGAUGACGGUAACUUUAAGCAGUACGACGGAUGUUUUGAAUGCAAAUUCGAAUGCAUAUAAAAUUGUUAAGGUUGUAAAAAUGGUAUAUGCUAAGAAUGUAAAAUCGGAUUUGAAUUUGAUAAAGAGAAUGAAUAAUGUUUACCUGUUUGUGGAGAUGGAUUAUUAAUACCAUUAAGUUCUGAAUUUUGUGAUGAUGGUAACAAAAUACAAGGAGAUGGUUGUUUCGAUUGUAUUUUCGAAUGCGAUUAAUUUUGUUUAAACUGCGUUUAUAUUCAUUGUUUUGAAUGUCAAGAGGGGUUUUAACCGCUAAAUGGUGUUUGUCAUCCAAUUUGCGGAGAUUCGAUUGUUUUGCCAGAUUUCGAGGAGUGUGAUGAUGGUAAUGAUAUAAGUGAUGAUGGAUGUCAUCUAUGUAAAAGGGUUUGUGGUUUUGGAUGUGAGAUCUGUUAGUAGGGUAAAUGCUUAAUAAAUUGCUCAUAGACUUAUGGAUAAGGAUAUUAUUAUAUUGAUGAAAUUUGUUAAUCUAAAUGUGGAGAUAAUAUAGUAACAGUAGAAGAGGAUUGUGAUGACGGAAAUAAUAUCUAAUUUGAUGGAUGUUUUAAUUGCCAAUUUUCUUGUGAAGAAAAUUGUUUAAAUUGUUUGAAAGGGGAAUGUAUUCAAUAUAAACCAAUAUGUGGUAAUGCUAUUAUAGAAGAUUAAGAGAUAUGCGAUGACGGAAAUCAAAAACCCAAUGAUGGUUGCUUUAAUUGUGAGAUUGAAUCUAAUUGGAUGUGCAAAUAAAUUGAAAAUUAAAUCAUUUGUGAUAGUCCUACUUAAUUUAUUCCUAAUUACCUAAGCAUUUCGAAUAAUAAGCAGUUGAUUCUCUUUAAUUUCUCUACUGAAAUUAAAAUCUAGACUGGAUAAAAUUUAACUUAGGCUAUGAUUUUAUCAUUUAUGGAUGACCAAAUUGAAUAUAAAUUGACAAUUCUUGAUAAGAAAGAGCCAAUUGAAGAUAAAGUUCAAGAAGUAUUCUAUUUAAUUUAGAUCGAAAUAUACGAAACACUUGAUUCUUAACCAAUCUUAAAUAUCAAUUUAAACUCCACUAUUCUUAAUCGUCAUAAUGUUAGUUUAGAAUAAUUACAGUAUUAGUUGAAACUAUAAAUUCCAUAAUAUCUAGAACCAAAAUAAUUAUAAGCAGCUUAAACUUUAGCAGCUAUUAAUUAAUAUUUUGCUUUUGGUUUAUUAUCAAGUGGAGGAAUCAAUUUGAUUGUUGGCAAUCUAUAAAUGUUUACUGAAAUUUUGGAUCUUUUUCAGCAAUUUGCAUACUUGAGGUAUAUUAAUCUUUGCUUUCCAACAAAUUUAUUAAUCUACUUUCAAAUUUACGAUUUACUAACAGUUUCUAUAAUUUCUGAUUUCAUUAAUUUUCAAUAAAUUUAAGACUUAUUGAUUCCACCUCAAGAAAUUUAACCCUAAUUUGGAAAUUUCUUAUUAUAUAAAUAAAACUCUGAUUUGCUUUGCAACUUAACUGCAUAAUUUCUAGAACUUUUAGUUCUUUUACUGUUUUAUAUAUCAUAAAAACUAAUUUAUAAAUUAGUUUUUUAAUUGAUUUUCUAAAGGAGAUUUUUUUAAUGCAAAGCUUGGUUGUUGAAAAAAUUCAGUCUUAAAUUUACUCAAAAAUUAUUUCAAUUUUUAUAAAAAAGAAUUAGAAAAUUAUUACAAUAAUCAAAAAAAUCUUCAAGUUAACUUUUAAUAAGUAUUAUGAUAAUUAAUGGGUGGGAUAUUAAUUUUAAAUGUUUCCUCUACUUAAAAUCUCUUGAAAAUUAUUCAUUAAGAAGUCUGAUUUCAAGUUCACUUGCUGUUUUCAUAAUUUCUUCAUAUAUAUUCUUUUUACUUCAAUAAAUUUUCGAAAAAAAGUUACUUAAUCUCAGAAAAAAGAAGGAAAUUAUUGAAUAAAGAUAUGAAGCAUUGAAUUUAUUAAGGUAGAUUAUUUUUUUAUUUAUUUUAAUCUUUCUUUAUGUAUCUGAAAUUAUUCAGUUAGCAUACUUAUCAGCAAGCGCUUUAACUUCAAUCUUUCUCAUUAUAAAAAUGAGGAAGAUUUUGGACAAAGAUUAGCUAAUUAAAAUGAUUCUACAAGAAGGAACAAUACUUGUAUUUAUUAUAAGCUCCAUCAUAUAUGUAAAAGAUUUCGACUUAACUUUUUCAACAAAAACAAAAAUUUCUAUAGGAUUUUUCCAUAUUGGUUGUUUUACAUUUAUGAUGGCUUUUCAAUAUGUAAAAAUGGUAAGGUCAUUUAUUGCUUAAAUUUCCAAAAUGUUUCCAAAAAAAUAAAAAAAUAAAAAGCUCAUGACUGUUAAUCUAUUUCAUAUUUAUUGA